AUGAAUUAUUGUGCCACAAAAAGUGUUGUAAAGAGAAAAGGUAAAGAAACUGAUGAAACGUUGUCGUUCACAAACAAUAACAAGAUGUUGUCGCAUGAUCAACAUGAUCGGAACAAAGGAAAACGGUUUCCUCUUGUGUCGUUUUGGGAGCUUCCGAAUUAUAUGAAGGAUAAUGAAUAUAUUUUACGGUAUUAUAGAGCGAAUUGGCCUCUUAAAGAAGCUUUGUUCAGUCUCUUUCGUUGGCAUAAUGAAACUCUGAAUGUUUGGACACAUUUACUUGGGUUUAUUCUGUUUCUUGGAUUGACCUUGGCCAAUUUGAUGAAGCCUCAUGUUGUUGAUCUCUUACAACAAUUUACAAGGUCUCUCUCUUCAGGUGGCGAAAAAAAUGUCUCUGGUACCAUCAAAGAUUUCCUGGGCGCGGCAUUACUGUUUGAUCUUAAACAUCAGAUUUACUAUGUUUUCCUCUGCCAGCCUCAUUGGCAACUCCUCUACCUAGCUGGUAUAACAGCCAUGGGACUAUUCACCAUAGUAACAUUGCUUUCUCCAACACUUUCUACUGGAAAGCAUCGCGCGUUUCGAGCUAUGUUGUUCUGUUCGAUGGGACUUUUUGGUAUUGUGCCUGCAGUUCAUGCUUGUAUUGUGAAUUGGGCGAAUCCUCGGCGCAAUAUUACACUAGCAUAUGAAUGUGCCAUGGCAUUUUCUUACUUGAUUGGAACAAUGUUCUACGUGACGCGGAUACCCGAACGAUGGAAGCCUGGUUGGUUUGAUUUAGCAGGACAUAGUCAUCAAAUAUUUCAUGUUUUAGUUGUGGCUGGUGCUUUGGCACAUUAUGCAGCUACUCUUAAAUUGCUUGAAUGGCGUGACACUUUUGGGUGUGACAUGGUUUAA